AUGUAUUACGAUCAAGAUGGAAGCGAAUACGCAUCAGAGGAGAGCAGCAGCAGCACGAAAGUAUUACGAUCAAGAUGGAAGCGAAUACGCAUCAGAGGAGAGCAGCAGCAGCACGAACUGCUGCUGCUGCUGCUGCAGCACUUGCUGCUAUUGUUCCUGCUGGCCGCCUGGAUCUCCCCCGAAGCAGCAACAGCAGCAGCAGCAGCAGAAGAAGCAGCAGCAACAGCAGCAGCAGCAGCAGCAGACCUGAGAGAAGUUGUUAGUGUGGAGACAGACGAUGAUUCUAUCUUUUUAAGUGAAGAGCUCGAAGACCUGCUGUCAGACAGCAGCAGCAGCAGCAGCAGCAGCAGCAGCAGCAGCAGCAGCAAAGAUUUUGCUGCUGAGUAUUACGAUCAAGAUGGAAGCGAAUACGCAUCAGAGGAGAGCAGCAGCAGCACGAAAAACAGCAGCAGCAACAAAACCAGCAGCAACAAAACCAGCAGCAAAACCUCCCCCACCGACACCACCACCAGCAACAGCAGCAGCAGCAGCAGCAGCAGCAGCAGCAGCAGCAGCAAGCUGUGGCUUGCUGAGAUAGAAGAAGCCCUCAAGAGCGGGGCCACGCACCGCAUAUACUACACAGCAGAUGAAGAAAAUUUAUAUAAGACAGACUUCGACGACAACCAGUUGCUGCUGCUGCUGCAGCAGCUGAAGCAGGAGCUGCUGCUGCAGCACAGACAGCAGAAACAGCAGCACAAGCAACGCAAACAACAACACCACAACCACCACCACCAGCACCACCAGCAGCAGCAGCAGCAGCAGCAGCAGCAGCAGCAGCAGCAGCAGCAGCAGGAGGAAGAAGAGGAGGAGGAGGAUGAGGAAGCAGCAUGGGAGCGGCUAGAAAGAGAGGUGCUGCUGCGUGCUGCUCUACACAACAGAGACAGCUACCCUCAAUCUCUCUUUGUGCUGCUGCCGCAGGGAGUUGCUGCUGCAACCGGGGCCCUGCUGACGCCGCUGCAGCAGCACGAGCUCCUUGAGCAUGAAGCGCUGCAGCGGGAGAGACAGCUGGUGCGGGCGCUGGUGGUGGAUCUGCUGCAGAAGGAGAGAAACGGACAGAAGAAAAAGGGCUCCCGCAGCAGCAGCAGCAGCAGCAGCAGCAGCAACAGCAGCAGCAGCGGUAACAAGAACAAAAGCAGCAGCAGCAGCAACAGUAACAAGGGCAAGAGCAGCAAAAGCAGCAGCAGCAGCAGCAGCAGCAGCAGCAGCAAAACUAGCGACGCAGAGCGAGGGCUCUCAGCAGCUGUGCAGUCUUCGCCUGCUGCUGCAGGGGGCUCGAGCACUGCAGCAGCAACAGCAGCAACAGCAGCAGCAGUAGGAGCAGCAGCAGCAAACGACGCAGCAGCAGACGCAGCAGCAGCAAAUGCAGCAGCAGCAAAUCGAACCCUAUCAAUUGGUGAGGCUGCAGCAGGAGUCUCUGCUGCUCCUGCUGCUGCUGCUGCUGCUGCUGAUGGCGUGCUGCCUCCUCCUGGCGCAGCAGAUACACCCCUCGCAGCAACAGCUGCUGCUCUUCGAGAGAGCUUCAGUACAAAGGACAGCAGUGCAGAUCCUGCUGCUGCUGCUGCUGCUGCUGGAUGGGCAGCUACUACAGCAGCAGCAGCAGCAGCAGCAGAUACACCCCUCGCAGCAACAGCUGCUGCUCUUCGAGAGAGCUUCAGUACAAAGGACAGCAGCGACAGCAGCAAGAGCAAAAGCAGCAGCAGCAACAGCAGCAGCAGCAGCAGCAGCACCCGGAGCACCAGCAACAGCAACAGCAAGGGCAGCAGCACCAGCAACAGCAGCAGCAGCAGCAGCAGCAGCAGCAGCAGCAGGCGGCGCCGCGACAACUCGUUGCUGUUUGUGCCUGAGGACGUUCUGGACUUUGCUGCUGUCUUUGCUGCUGGGCGGUUGCCGCUGCUAGAAGAAGGUCUAAGCUACCGCAGCAGCAGCAGCAGCAGCAGCAGCAGCAGCGGGGGAGCAGCAGCAGCAAGCGGAGAAGAUGCUGCGUUUGCUGCAGCUCGUGCUGCAGCAGCAGAAAGAGAAGGUGUGGGGCGGCUGGUGCGGAGCUUCGGCGAUGCCUAUUACUUUCUGCAGCAGCUGCUGCAGCUGCGGCUGCCGAAGCAGCAGCAGCAGCAGCAGCAGCAGCAGCAGCAGCAGCAGCAGCAGCAGCAGCAGCAGCAGCAGCAGGGGGAGGAGGAAGAGGAUUCGUUUGGUUUCUUGCUGCCGGAUGCAAUAUCUCCUAUUCCUGCUCAUGCUGCUGCAGUGUCUCAGCAGCUGCAGCAGCUAUCUGUGCGUCAGCAGCAGCAGCAGCAAGCAGCAGCAGUUGGUGUUGUUGCUUUUUUGUCUCUUUUUGGGGUUGUAGAUACACAAGGAAAGCUUACACUGCCGGGGGGCUGGCCCCGCGACGUUUCUCUCUCUCUCCGCGCUAUUGCUGCAGGCAGACAAACUAAACCUCCUGCUGCACUUUGUCUUCUUCUUGAUGGGU